CGGGUCUGCCUACAUCCCCGCUGUAGGCCAUGUUCAUCACCGUGAAGUAUGGAGCCGGCUGUUGGGAGCUGGUGAAUCCCUGGUGCAGCCUAGUGACCCUCACUGCCCACCUGAAGCAGAGGGGGCAGAUCCCCCCAGAUGUGACCAUCGCCCUCUUGGCUGAGGAUGGGCAUCUAGUGAGCCUGGAUAAGGGCCUGGAGACCUCCUCCACCCCUUCUAUGGGUAGUUCCCUGCUGCAGGAGCGAAGGACCUAUAUCCUGGUGCGCAUCAUCAAGGGAGAGGAUGGAGCCCCCAACUGCUAUGAGUCCCUGUUGGAAAACCUGGAUGACCAGAGUCCAGAGUUGGCAGAGGAGCUGCGCUGGCUGUCAGGUCUCCCUGCCAUGGGCAACAGCCCAAGGAGACGCCUGGGCACUAGGAAUGGCCUCCAGGAGCAAGACCCCCCUUCAAGGUCCCGAAGAGUAGGCUCCAUACCAUCCAAGACCCGCUAGCUGGAGCCAGGUACAGAGAAGGUAUGAGCAAAAAGAAAGAUACACUCCAAAAUGGGAUCACUUCCUGGGGCCAGACACAAGGCAUGCUGAGAGGCAAACCCUCAAUACCAAACCCACACAACAUCUGUAUCCAGAUGUUCUACUGCUUGGCUGGACUAAGAGCAGGAGUGCUUUCAGUGCUUAGGAAUAGAGUGUGAAAUAUAGAAAGUGCUCAGUGCACAACUGCUGAAUGAACUCAGUGAGUGUAUGUGAUAGAACAGCCCGUACUGAGUAUGAAGGGCUUAUUCCUCUGUCCCAACAGGCCCUGUGACCUGACACACUAUAGCCAAGUGGCCAAGCUGGACUUAGAUCUAAGGGAACUGGCUGUAACCUCUGCCUCAUGUGAUCAGCUACAAACUGACAGCA